AUGGCCCUGGUUCCUUACGACGAGACCCAUCUUGGGGGGAUGCAGAAGCUGCACAAGCCGUCCUCGGUGUUCUCUUUCGCCAACCACACAAUCCAGAUCAAGCAGAAUUGGAAGCAGUUUGGGGUGGCCGCUGUGGUCUGGGACGCGGCUGUAGUCCUUUGUACGUACUUGGAGAUGGGAGACGUGGACCUCCGAGGGCGCUCAGUAAUUGAAUUAGGAGCGGGAACUGGCUUGCUAGGAAUCGUAGCGGCGUUACUUGGUGCUCAAGUGACAAUCACAGACAGAGAAGCCGCCUUGGCAUUUCUCAAGUCAAACGUACAAGCGAAUUUACCCACGGACCUCCAGCCGAGAGCCGAAGUAAAAGAACUGACUUGGGGGCAAAACUUGGCGAGCUUCUCUACGGGAGAAUAUGACUUCAUCUUGGGCGCAGACAUCGUUUACCUGGAAGAAACGUUUGCGGAUCUUCUUCAGACACUGGACCACCUGAGCGCGGACCACACCGUGAUCCUGCUGUCUUGCCGCCUGCGGUACGAGCGGGACCAGAACUUCUUGACGAUGUUGAAAGGGAUAUUUUCCGUCCGGGAGGUGCACUACGACCCUGGUAACGAUAUACAUAUAUUCAAAGCACAGAGGAAUAACCGGAAAGGAGAGUUGUGA